GAACUAACAAACAGUUACAAAAGUCGAUAUUUUUGUUGUAGUUGACGUAUUUUUUCUUUCUAAAAACAAUACAAUAUUGUUGAAAAAAAUGACAAUGGUAAAGUUUUAAUUAUUGUGCUGAAGAUGAAUAAGAAAGUGAUUAUUAUCCAUUAACAGUCUCGAUUAAUUGGAGAAAAUGUCAACGAAUACUUCACAAAUUGAUACAAUUAUACCAAAAUCAGGAAUACUUUGUCAUGAGGAAUUAACUGAUUUUAUUCUCUGUAAACCAAAACUUAUGCCAUUGAAAUCUUUUACACUAGAAAAAUUGGAGAAAAUGCAAAAAGAUGCUGAGGAGAAAUUAAAAGAAGUACAUGAUGCACAAGAAAUUCUGGAAGCUCAAGAAGCUCAGAAAGUUCAGGUAGAAUCGCAAAAAGUUGAGUUAUCUGAGGAAGCACAAGAGGAAGAAGAAACAUUUAGAGAAGAGUUAGAGUAA